UGUUACUGAUGAACGCGGCCCUGUGCUCCAGUCUACGCCUGCUCCCGUGUGUCAAACUGGCUUAUUUGUUUUAAAUGUCGACUGUGCAUGUCCAUUAGGCACGAGCAAUAUCUGUACAGCAGCUGUUCGUCAAAGUCAUUCAAGCUGUACUCUCCUAAGGAGCCCCCCAACGGCGGCAGCUUUCCCCCCUUCCACCCAGGCGCUAUGCUGGACAGAGAUGUGGGGCCUACACCCAUGUACCCCCCAUCAUACAUGGAGCCUGGAAUGGGGAGACCCACACCGUACGGGAACCAGACAGAUUACCGGAUAUAUGAGCUGAACAAAAGGCUACAGAAUUGGACAGAGGACUGUGACAAUCUCUGGUGGGAUGCCUUCACCACAGAGUUCUUUGAGGAUGACGCCAUGCUCACCAUCACCUUCUGUCUGGAAGAUGGACCCAAGCGAUACACCAUCGGCAGGACGUUGAUUCCACGAUACUUUCGAAGUAUCUUUGAGGGAGGCGCCACCGAGCUGUUCUAUGUUUUGAAGCACCCAAAGGAGUCCUUCCACAGUAACUUUGUGUCUCUCGACUGUGACCAGUGCACCAUGGUGACCCAGAACGGCAAACCUAUGUUCACACAGGUUUGUGUGGAGGGCCGCCUGUACCUAGAGUUCAUGUUUGAUGACAUGAUGAGGAUCAAGACGUGGCACUUCAGCAUCAGACAACACAGAGAGGUCCUACCAAGGAGCAUUUUGGCUAUGCAUGAUCCCCAAAUGCUCGAUCAGCUGGCUAAAAAUAUCACCAGAUGUGGGCUGUCCAACUCCACGCUCAACUACCUCCGUCUAUGUGUGAUAUUGGAGCCCAUGCAAGAGUUGAUGUCAAGGCAUAAGACCUAUAGCUUGAGCCCCAGAGACUGCCUGAAGACUUGCCUCUUCCAAAAGUGGCAAAGAAUGGUAGCACCUCCAGCUGAGCCAGCCAGACAAGCUCCAAACAAGCGGCGGAAAAGGAAGGUGUCUGGCGGAAGCACCGUGAGCUCCGGUGGAGGCAGCAAUAACAACACCAACAGCAAAAAGAAGAGUCCAGCCAACAGCUUUUCACUCUCCAGCCAGGUACCUGACCUGGUUGGAACAAAAACCUGUACAGUGCCGGAGCUUGAGGACCGGAGUUGAGAACCACUACGCUAAAUCUUAAACACACACUCACACAAACACACACACAAACACUGACACACACACACACACACACACACACACACACAUAUCCAGACCAGUGCACACACUAACACACACACACACACACACACACACACUCACCUACACCUACAGCAUAAAACAUUGAGGUACUGGAGAGAGGUGGUACGCAGCAUGUCUGGACCAGAGCACCAGAUGCUACAGAAGUGUGUUUUCAUUUUCUAUGUUUUCGACUUGUUUUGAAUUGUUUUUAUUUUUGUAAACAAUUUCUAAAAAAUAAACAGACAAGCAAGCAAACAAAAACACCCCAGAAUAUUCUUUGCACUGUUUUCCACUAUUAACUCCAAUCUAUUUUUCUUAUGAAUUGACGGUGUAUUUUUUUUUUUUUUUUUUUUUUUUUUUUUACUUUCUAUUAUUGCUAAUGUAAGAACUGUAAAACAUCUGAAACCUGCAGUAUAUUAAUGUAUACGUAUUGCUGUUAGAUCAUUCUUAUUGUGAUGGUAAUAACUUCCAUGUAAGUCUGUGCUAAAUAUAACGUCAUCCAUCUGUGUCAGCCAUCACGCUGUCAUCAGGUCCAUCGGCUUCAGUGCUAGAAAACAAGUUUGGGAGAACAAGGCUAGUGUUUAGUACUGUACUACAUCUUAUUUGAUGUGAGUCCAAAGCAGCACACUGGAAACCAGUUUCCCCACUAAAUUUCCAUCCAGCGCCUGAUUUGGAUCUGUUGACUUGUCAUUGCAGAACUGUUUGCUUUGUCUUCAAAUCUCUAUCUGGGGGUCCUCUCUUCAGAGAACAUAAUAACAGAAAACUUCGCAAAUUUGCUACUCAAAAAUAUUUUAAAAACAAGUUUUGACAGGAUUGUAAAAUAAGAAAAAAAAAGACUUUUGUAUUAACUUAAGUUUCCCAGAAAUGUUUUUAAUCACAAUUAAGAAAGCUGCAGACCAAGGAGCUACAUGUAAAGAUUCUUUAGAUAUUGAUUACACUGUGCUGUUUUAUGUUUUAUGACGAAUCAUUUUGUUGGCUUUACUCCUCAUGUUUGUGUCUGUGCUUGUAUAUUUUUAGGUAGUAAUUUCUGUAAAGGUUAUUCUACGUAUUCCUCCCUAGAAUUAUGAGAAACUCAAUCUAAUGUAAAGACAUGAAAAGCCUCUUAAAAGUUUUUUUAAACGUGAUUUUUAAUGGUACAAUCACUGAUAAAAGAAUUUUGCCCCAUUUUAGCAAACUGUAUUUAUUUUUCUAUGUACUGACUUUCUGUUUAGGUCCAACCCACCUGUACUAUACUCAUGAUGAUAUAUGGAGGAGUUUGUUGGGCUGCUGAGUCAGUUAAUGCUAAUACAGCUCAUUUCAUUACUUGUGUUUUUUCACACGCUGCUCCCAGUUCUGGCCAGUUUAUCACAAUGGUUCAGUAUGUUCACAUUAAAGAGAUAUUUAAGGGCCAUGUUCUGCUGUUGUAGGUGCCCGGUCUAUAUGAAAACCAAUCAGAUGCACUGCAAUUCAAUAAAUAACCACAUGUAGAGAAAAUGUUAAUCUCUAAGUCAUCCUUUUUUUUCUGUAAAGUUACUCUAGUUCAUGGUGAGUCAUCCUCUGAUGAAAAGUUCCUCAGAAGCUGGAGAUAUUGCACAAUGGUGCAACCUUUAGUGGAAUUGGGUCAAAUUUUCCUUCUAAUCUGUAACUGACAGGUGAAAAAUGCAAUGUUGUUUUUUCAUUAAUGGAAAUAUGCUGACCAUUGACCUUACAUUUGGGGGAAAAAUCGACUCACUGGGCUUGACCUUUAUCUGCUGUGUCAGGGUUUCCUGUGUACUUAGGCAACUCUUUACAUCAUAUCUAACUCGUGAGCUUCAGCAUCACCCAGCUGACAGCUAUUGGAUAGUAAUUUGCAAACUCGCCCAGCAGGGGUCUCCCAGGACCGACUGAGCAGCCGUUCAGAAAUUCCUCCAUCAUUAUAUCUGGCAGCAAUGCCGUCUGUAAAUCCACACCGAGCUGCAGGCUGUUGUGUUUUAAGUCCUUACUCAUUGUCUCUAGCACCCCUAGUCUACUUUUGUGGUGUAUCUACUCAGCAGGCCGACACAGAAUUGAUCUAGGGGGAACUUUUCAACGCCCUGUGUUUCCUAAGUUGACAUAAUUUAGGGAAUGAGGGUUUGUGAUAUGUGAGACAGAGCUGAAAUGGCAAUUCACCAAUAGCUGGCUCCUGUAGCACCUCACCAUAGGGGUGAUUUUAUAUCUAUAUUUUUUGCCAGGUUUCUGUCAUUGAUGAUUCAUGUAUGGUAUCAAUAAAGAUGAAUUUUCACUGAAAAA